AUGGGGUCUCGCGAGUGCUUGCAAAAGCUCAAAAACAGCCCUACCACCAAAAAGCACCCUCAACCCAGAAGGAGGAAGGAAGACGACGACAAUGAUGGAGGAAGCCCAAGGCGAAGCCGCCUGCGAUGGUUCAGCUUGGAGUCCUCGGCGAGCCGCUCAAGGUCCCGGUCCCAAUCCAGGUCAAGGUCCCGGUCCCGGUCCCGAUCCCAGUCCCAGUCCAGGUCCAGGUCCCCAUUCCGCUCGAAGUUGCCAAAGCCAGGAGAGAAGCAAGGGCAGCGGCAGCUUUCUACCUUGACAUCCACGUUGAAGCAGAAGAACCAAUCGGACAAGAAGAACCAAGCCAACAACAACAAGUACGCCGAAGCUCAGAAGAACGACUUCCACAACAUGAUUUAG